AUGGGCUGCACCAACUCGCUGCCGGUGGCGGAGGAGUUCUUCGCCGACCACGACCCGUCACCCAACGAGUAUGGCGGUGGCCUGAUCUCGACCAAGCCGAUCCAGCUCAAGGUCAGGCAGAAGCUCUUCUCCCUCCGCGGCGACUUUACCGUGAAGGAUUCGGACGGUACGGCCUACUGCAAGGUGGUGGGCAUCCUCCUCUCCAUGCGGCAGCGCGUCUUGAUCAAGGACAUGGACGGCAACCCGAUCGCGUGCAUUCUCGAGAAGGUCAUGAGCAUGUCGCCGGCGAUGUUCAUCUACGGCUUCAAGCCGUUUUACGAGGGGCAACAGCCCACCCCCGAGACGCAGGAUGGUAAGCCGCUCUACGCAUGGGCCAAGGUGUGGAACGCUGUCACCAGCCUCACGCCAAUGUACAUGAUACAAAUGGCCAACGGGAACGACUCGUACACGAGAGCAUCCUACGAGACAGCUGACUACAAGUCCUGGGCGCCGGGCGUCGCGGCACCCCGCCUCUCGGUCGUAAAGGGCGCCGACAAGACGAAGGGAGGCUGCUGCCUCAUCGACCGCGCGACCCUUCAGUUUGAGGGCAUGAACGUGUACGAUGUGACCGUGGCACCGGGCAUCGACCCGAUCCUGAUGAUCGGCCUCGUGAUCUGCAAGGACAAGAUCGUGGAGAAGAACAACUGA